AACGCCGUUAUCUUCGACGGCGGCGGAGGCGUCUCGGUGUUCCACUUCUGGUCGUGUCGCUCCCUCCGAACCCUAAAAGCCCUAACGAUCCAGCAUGGAGAUGGUUUCUUCUUCCCUCGUUCGCACACCCUGCCUCCCUCUCCGCAUCAGCUCCCGCUCGCCCCGGAGUUCAAUUCCCACUAGGGUCUCUUCGCUUCCCUUCUCCCUUUCAAGGUUUCCUCGCGCCCAAUCUUAUCGCCGAAGAGAAGCCCUUCGCCCUUCCUCUGCAAUCAGAGCGUUGGGUGAUAUGACAGUGACCCCAAGCAGCUCUACCGAAAGAUUUUCAUCGAACGUUACAGAGUCCGAGGAUGCGACUGUAUGUGAAGAUUACACUGAAGGUGAUUGCGGCUCAGGAAGUGUCGAUGAUUCUAAGAUGACCAGAGUUUGUGACAAGCUAAUUGAGGUGUUCAUGGUUGAUAAGCCGACAACAACUGAUUGGAGAAGGUUAUUAGCUUUUAGCAAGGAAUGGAGUAAUAUCCGGCCACAUUUUUACCGGCGAUGUGAGGAAAGAGCAGAUCGUGAGGGUGAUCCAGGGAUGAAGCACAAGCUUCUCCGGCUGGGAAGGAAGUUGAAAGAGAUUGAUGAUGAUGUGCAAAGGCAUAAUGAACUUCUUGAAGUGAUUAAAGAGGCACCAGAUGAAAUAAGUGCUAUUGUUGCUAGGCGUCGCAAAGAUUUCACCAAGGAAUUCUUUGUCCACCUUCAUACUGUGGCAGAGUCCUACUAUAAUGAGCCUUCAAAACAAAAUGAACUGGCAAGGAUAGGAAAUGUUUGUAUAGCUGCUGUACAAGCAUAUGACAAUGCAUCACAAAGCAUCGAGGCCCUGAAUGCCGCUGAGUUGAAGUUUAAUGAUAUAAUUAGUUCACCUACUUUAGAUGCUGCCUGCAGGAAGAUCGACAAUCUCGCAGAGAAAAAAGAACUUGAUUCUGCAUUGAUGUUGAUGAUCACCAAAGCUUGGUCAGCUGCCAAAGAAACAAACAUGAUGAAGGAUGAGGCAAAGGACAUAUUGUAUCAUCUGUACAAGACUGCUGUAGGAAAUCUUCAGAGGCUUAUGCCAAAGGAAAUCAGGAUACUUAAGUAUCUCCUCACAAUUAAGGAUCCUGAGGAACAGUUACAUGCGUUGAGAGAAGCUUUUACACCUGGGGUUGAACUGGAAGGAAAGGAUGUUGACUGUUUAUACACAACGCCUGAGGCAUUGCAUACUUGGAUUCAGACCGUGCUGGAUGCUUACAAUUUCAGUAGAGAAGGUACGCUGAUAAGAGACGCAAGGGACUUGAUGAACCCAAAGGUUAUUCAGCGGCUAGAGGAAUUGAAGAAAGUAGUCCAGAACAACUUUCUUUAAUUCCCACCCUCGUUAGGCUUCGAUAAGAUGAUCUGCAUCCGAGUAACACAACUUUUUAUCCCCAAGGCACAAGUUGUGAAUUUUCCUCCGUGUUGGAAGUAUCUGCUAACUCUUAGGUAUCACUUAAUGUCUUGGCAUUGUCUCAUAUCUCUUAUCAGACAUUGCUGUUUCUUUACUGCACACACGCAUAAAUGUCUUUAUAUGACAACAAAUGCAAAGUUCCAGUGUGUUUGCUGGCAUCUUUUUCGAUCGUUUAUAUUGAGAUUUUGUAGCUUCUCUCAGAUGAACUCUUUUUUUGUUUUGAGAGUUCAUUUAUGGAAAUCUGUAAUGCUAAAUCACUCA